CCCGGCCGCGUCCGCUCGCAUCGCCCGCGUGGAACCAGCUCCCCGAGCUCCCGGGGUGGCGGGCGAGGGGCGAGCGGGCUUAGGCGAGCCCGAGGAGGCGCAGGCCUGGCCCGGGCCUCGCAGGUCUGCGUGUCUGUUCCCAGCACUCUGCAAGGCUAGAAAAGAAGGAGGCACCUAUCCAGAGUCCCUGCAGGGCAGGAAAAAGAGGCGACAUCUCAACAUGGAAAAACUCUGCAAUGAAAAUGAAGGAAAGCUGGAAAGCGAGGGAAAGCCAGAAGAUGAAGUAGAGCCUGAAAAUGAAGGGAAGUCAGAUGAGGAAGAAAAGCUGGAAGUGGAGAAGAAGUCAGAACACGUGCGAAAGCUCCAGAAUGAGGGAUGGCCAGAAGAUGAGGGCUCACCAUAUGGUGAGGGGAAGCAAGAAAAGCAGGGCAAGUCUGAAGCCGAGGGAAAACCAUAUGGUGAGGGCAAGCCUGAAUCCCAGGCAAAGCUGGAGAGCGAGGCACGGGCUGCUGAAAAGCGCCCGGCUGAAGAUUAUGUGCCCCGGAAAGCAAAAAGAAAAACAGACAGGGGGACGGAUGAUUCCCCCAAGGACCGUCAGGAGGACUUACAGGAAAGGCAUUUGGGCAGUGAGGAGAUGAUGAGAGAAUGUGGAGAUAUGUCACGGGCUCAGGAGGAGCUAAGGAAAAAACAGAAAAUGGGUGGUUUUCAUUGGAUGCAAAGAGAUGUACAGGAUCCCUUCACCCCAAGGGGGCAACGGGGUGUCAGGGGAAUGAGAGGCGGAGGUAGGGGCCAAAGGGGCUUACAUGAUAUCCCAUAUCUUUAAUGCCUUUGGCCUUCCAUUCUGACUCCUCCGGUGAGAAUGUUGCUGACCCUGCUUUCCCUGGCAGGCAUUUGCCAGGCUAUGUGCUUUAACCUUAAGCUGAUACUUUGCUUUAGGUGUCACUCUUGUUACCAGCAGCCUUUUGACCCAACUACAGUGCUCUCUGUGUUUCAGUAGGGGAUUUUCAGCCACGUGCAUGGAACAGAUGUUCAUGGUACACUGUAAAAUAACAAUAAAGGAAAAACAGUUUUCAGAACCACA